AGCAGACGACGCUUGGCGCUCGGUGAACUUGCUUGUGUGCGUGUGUGUGUGCUGCGGUAUUCGUGUACGACGGCUGAAACCUCAGGACGUUUUCGACACGUUGAUCCCCUGUGGCUCACCGCUGAAAUAAACGGCGGAUAAACGUUACUAACGAGUACGUCGCUAGUUUCGAAACGAAAGCUUCAGAACGCGUCGCCAGUACGUUUCGGCUCCCGGAACUACCGCCGCCGCUCGCUCGGUCAAGGGAGUCUCGGGCAUCGUGUCGCUCGAAUGAUGAACUGUGCAUUCGUAUUCUGUGUGCCGUGAUGCGAGAAGUUGUGCUGCGCGCUCGAAGUGCGAGGAUUUGACGACGAAGUGUUCGUUGUGUGAAUUGCGCUCUUCCCAUCGUUUGGAUACCUGGCAAAGGCAUCCGGAGGAUCCUUCUUUUGAGGAUGAAGCGGAAAGGAGUGACGCACUGAUUGACGCGGUGGUACGUGCUCCAUUUAAAACAGGCGAUCUCCUGUUGGUAGUGAGGACGAAUCUGAUGAGUCGGUGACAAACCGCGAUGGAUCGUCGAAUCCCCCACGUUCGGGACGUGUUCAGCGACAUGCGCGCCUACGACCACUCACCGCGGUCCAGGCGGAAGGAGUCGGACAGUCCACUGCCCGCUCCGCGCCACCACGCGCCCAACAACCAGCAGCAGUCCAACCAGAAUUGGCACCCCGACAAGACUGCCGUCGGAGGAGGCACCCCUGGCGGCCCCCAGCCGAACGCGCUGACGGAACGCGACUUCCGGCACCUGGAGCGCCACCUGUCCAUGAAGAAGACGAUACGGAAGCAGAUCAGCCGCAACUUGGCUCAGGCUUUCGUGGAGGACCCCAAGGUUCUGUGCAACAACGCGGUCAACAACAACAACCACAACCGGCAGCCUUCCGCCCAGCAGCCACAGGUCAUCACCCUGACGAGGGCCAAAAUCGCGCGAUCGGACCAGACCUUCCUGGACAUGCUCAAGGAGCCCAACAACAAGCCCGCCGUCGAGGACAACAACAACGCCACACGCACAGAGUCGUGCUCGUCCAACCAACCUUCGUUCUGGAAGUUUCUCGGCAUCAAGGGCAAGGGCAAGCGGUGAGAGACAAAGGAAAGCCGCAAUCCUUCAGCGGCCAAGCCAAGCCAGGGUCGCCAAGACAUCACGGCGCGGAGACGGAAUCAAGCGGCCGUUUGCUGCGAUCGUUGUCUUUUUUUAUAUUGCUUUUUUGUGGUUCUCAGUGCGAAUGCUUUGAAUCGUGAAUGUUGUUAUUAGCCUAUUCUAUACACUUGUAGAAAUGAGCAAUGAAUGUUCUCUUGUUUUGUUUUUUCAUGAUGUCUUCACGCUUGUCAAUGAACUUAACGCGGUUGCAAGGCCUAGCUUUUGGGACAUUGGCCUCAAGGACCCGUAGCUGGUGAGGUUUUUGCGAGUGGUUAAACUGGACAGGUCGCACGCAAUGGUGUUCGAAAAAAAAAAGGACGCGCUUGUGCGAGGACGUGUACACCGAUUCACACGCAACGUUCGUGAAAAAGGUUUCUUGUGGUGAACGGCUAGUCCUUUUGAGGUUGGUGAGAAGACGUGAACGGUGUGUGCACGCGCGCUUUGAAAACGCGCGGGACGACGACCUAUCGGUACAGAGGCGGUACGACCUGAACUGCCUCACUGGCGACGCCAAGAGUGGUCGAGUUCGACGAACUGCGUCGUGUCUUUCAGCAGUCUCACUUGAGGCCCGACGUCAAUGGGUCUUCCCAAGCUUGUGUGAACCCAUUGCACUGACGCACUUCGAGACGACCACACCGAAUCGACCAGGUUCACUCUGUGUCGGCGUCUUUCGACGUGUCACGUAGACCUCGGCCCCACAUUGACUCCCGGUGGCGCCUUGACUAGAUGCGUUAAGACCGCCUUGGUGCACCUUGUUCUUGGUGCACCUGGAUGACCCACUUAAAUGUCCUUAGACAAUCGUCGUUGCCUCGUUCUUCGGCCGAUUUCUUCCUUAGCCUUAUUCGUUUAAAUCUGCAUGUCUUUAUUUGUCUAGUUUUGUAUAAUCUAUGCUCCAUUCGAUACGAGCCUUGAAUGCCGACAUUCACGUGGAUGCUAUCAGAGGAAUUCUUUGGCGUUGAGCGCUGACGUUUUUCGGUAAUUUGUUGCGCUAUGUCCACGUGUUCUAAAUGCAAAGAAGACUGUCAUGUGUGCGUUGUACCGUACUAGUAAUAUCUACUACAAGAGCAAUACGUGUUUUGACAGGUUCUUCUCGUUGGCUGUUCGAUAUUUAGAAACGUGGCUCGUACGGGACCGUAAUGAUGAAACAAAUCGUGCGUUUUUUUCUUGGUUGUUUUUUCUUUACUACCACGAGUGGAGCAGAUUGGUAAUUUCGAAUUCUUAGUAUUGACCUAGAGCCUUCGUAUACCGUGUCUUUCGCGGCGAUGCUCACGAUGACGUGUAUGGGCCUUCUUCCAUGUACGGGCCUACUUCUUUAUGCCAUCUGUAUGGGUGUAGUACGCCUUGUACUCCUAGGAUGUCUUUAAGGCGUCUAGCUCGUGCAUUUUGUUGUCUAGAACUUUUUUACUUGAGGGUGCCGUUGUGCUGAGUGAUUUUCAUCCUACUGGUAUGUGACAGUCUCGACAACUAGCAAUGUUGUUAUAGCUGUUUUUUAUCAUUUUAAAAAUGAAGACGUCACUGGGCCACGCCCUUGGAAACUUUGAUCAAAGUUCUGUGUUUUUUUAUGUGAUAUUCUCUUACAACCUGCCCAUGGCUCUUGUACUUAUCAUUUAUUUGAUUCCUCUAUGCUACGCGCAUUCUUAUCUAAGGGGCACACACGUAUUUGGAUAGAUGUGUGUCUUUUUUUUUUAAACGGAACUGUGUUGACAUUGUACACUGCGCGGCCAUGGGUCUCGUUCAAUUUCAUGCCUCAAUAUUUUUACUGACGGAAAAGCCUGUUGCUGCAGAGCACCGUCAUAGCUAGAUCAUCGGGCAAGGACAUCAUCACUAACUUUCUUUUUCAUAGGUUCAGUCGAACAAACUUCGCAUUGGUACGACUCUACCACACGAGCCAUUUUCAACAGUGUGCGUACAGAGCUAAUGCAAGAGGCACUUAGCUCCAAAAGCUGCAUCACUGGUUGUCAUUCAGGCUUCCAGAACACAAGCAUGAUCAUGUAAGCAUGAAUUUACGGUAGGCGAGCCUUACAACAGUUCUCCCUAGAACAAUUUUUACCCUGGCUAUAUCUAUUGCAGGGAACGUAUAAAAAAGAUGCACACUUUAGCCGGCGCUAAGUAAGAAAUCUUGAAACUGCCAAUAAGCCCACGACAUGCUACACAAGACAAGCCAGCCUUGCAAAGGUGUCGAUACUCACUGCCCUUUCGUGUUCAUGUGAAUGAGGUGACACGUAUGAGUUGGCACAGGCCGUACCACUGAAGUAGUGAAGCGAGCCACUUCUGGUGAGUACGCAGCCUUAUCUUCACGUACACUCCCACGCUCCGUUCAGACAUCUUCUACCGUUUGGUUAGGAGCGUUUGUCAAGUGCCCAGGGUAUCCCAAAAAGGGGAACCUUUUUCGUCAGCUGGCACAGCAAACAGAUGGGUUUUGUUAGUGUUCAGAAGACAUUCAACUCUGCCUCUUUCGCUGCAUGCUAAUGUUCAAGAAGCUUCUGCGGUUGUGCUCUAUACAGGGUCGUCCACUUUUGAUGGGCAAAACAAUAAAUUAUUAGCUUCACCUCCAUCACCUUCAAGGUUCUUUGACUUGAACAAGAAAACACAAUUACUUCUUCGGGCCCUGCAUCCAAGUUGGUGAGUGCUUGAACUUUCGCCACGGAAUAGUAGAAAAUUUGAAAGACGCAGGUCCGAGAGUUUUGGCCAUCAGCAAAGGUCAUGAGUGGUGUGUAUCAGUGAUGGAUGGCCUUAAAUGAUGGCCUUGAUAACCAUCCCUCAAGAACCUAUUCUACCUUGAAAUUUCUUGUUCUUGUUUGAUGUGCACAUGAUUGUAGGUCUGGCUGUGUAACUCUCAAGAGCGUGGCGUAUUGUGGUAGCGUAAAUGCCCAUUUGUUCUCUCUCUCUGUGCAUCUGAAUAGAUAUGUCCCAUGCCCCAAUUUUUGGAUGUCUUUUUUUAUAUGUCUGGCAAACAAAGUAGCCAUAUUUACGCGAGAUUUGUAGAGCAAACACACAUUACACGCGAAGAAAAAAAUUGACGACGCAAGAAGUCUGAGCGCCUGGUGACAAUAGUGCCACCGGUGACGUUCAUUGAGUGAUGUCUGUGUACAAAAAGAAAAAAAAAAUCUACGAAUGAAUGAUCCCUGAUUGUGUGUGUAUGACUGUACAUACGAAGCGGAGAUUAAAAGAAAAAAAAAGCUUCACUACGCAAUAAAAGAAACCGAGCAAACAA